AUGGAAUCCUUCCGCGAGUGCUGGAAGCGCCAGGGCAACGACCAGCGCACCGAGACCAAAGAUGCACCCUCACUCCCCUCCGCCGCCUCAACACCACGACGCGCCCGCAACAAAACCAAUCCACCACCGCCAAACCCACCCCUUCCACCACCGCCCCCAGAAACAACACCACCACCAUCUCCCCUCACCCAGCAAAAUAACCACCACCAACCUCGCCACCAGCGGCCUCUCCGACACCCCCCUCCCCUCCGCGCCCUCCACCCCCUCCCUUCCGCCUCCUCCGAUCCCACCAGCACCACCACCACCAACAACGCCAACGAAAUCAUCGACUGGAGCACCUCCUUCCACGGCCUCAGCGCGACGCCCUUCCCGAAAGAAUGCGCCGACAUCCUGCUCGCGCCCGUCGACGCCGAGGAGAUCGAGAUCAAGCCCGACGGCCUCCUCUACCUACCGGAGAUCAAGUACCGACGGAUCCUGAAUAAAGCGUUCGGACCGGGCGGGUGGGGGCUUGUACCGCGGGGGGAGAGUAUCGUGACGCCGAAGCUGGUCACCAGGGAAUAUGCGCUUGUUUGUCAUGGGCGGUUGGUCUCCGUCGCCCGCGGCGAACAAGACUACUUCUCGGCCGACGGCAUCCCCACCGCAACGGAGGGCUGUCGCUCCAACGCCCUGGUCCGCUGCUGCAAGGACCUCGGCAUCGCCAGCGAGCUGUGGGAUCCGCGCUGGAUCCGCAAGUUCAAGGCCAAGUACACCCGCGAGGCCUUCGUCGAGCAUGUGGUCAAUCAUCGCAAAACCAAGAUUUGGGUCCGCAAGGAUGAUGUCGUCGGGUAUCCUUAUAAGGAGAAUAAAUAG